GCGUUGUUAAGCCGAAGAAGAAGAAAAAGACAACAACGAAGGGAGCACAGUUUCACCCACUAUGAAGGAUGUUGUAUUCCGGCUCCACUUUCACGUAAACCAAUUACGUCCACUUGGACCGUCUGUUGGUGGUCACUCAUUGGGGGAACAUGUAUCGCGGUCGGCCUCCACCGAGGGGACCUUACCCGCCAUCUUUCGAGGGCCGCGGCCGACCGCCAUCGCAGGCUUACCCACCUCCAGGCCGCGGAAGGAGCCGAGGCAGACCACACCACUCCGAGCCUUACCCACCACCAGGCCGCGGAAGGAGCCGAGGCAGACCUCCACACCACUCCGAGCCUUACCCACCACCAGGCCACGGAAGGAGCCGAGGCAGACCUCCACACCACUUCGAGCCUUACCCACCACCAGGCCGAGGCAGGUCUCCACACCACUCCGAGCACCACAACCUCGGCUAUCCGGACCACCGGCGCUCGCCGCCGCACGGAAGACACCCUCCUUCGCCCUCAAGAGACUACCAUGGUCAAGGGCACUCGUCCGGAUCUCCGCACCGAGAGAGGUCUGGCUCGCCCCGCCCGGGGCAUCCAAUCAACCACACCCUUGUCAUCACCGUUGACAACGAGCUCACAGGCUCCACCUCGCAUCACCACGACAGGGACCUACACCUCAAGUAUGAGCACUGUCACAGCCGAGGGCGAAGUCCGGACCGGAGCCGGGCAAAAAGUCGAGGACGCAGCAAGAGUCGGGCGAGGAGCAAGAGCCGGGCGAGGAGCAAGAGUCGGGCAAGGAGCAAGAGUCGCAGUUUGGACCGCAGCCGGGCUAAGAGCCGGGGUCGCAGUAAGAGCCGCCCUCGCCUCAGGUCUAGAUCGAGGUCCAGAUCCAGAUCCAGAGGGAGGAGCCAUGGUCGGUCCUCGCCAAGUCGGAACCGCAGCAAAAGCAGGAGUAGUCGAAGCAGCUCCAGCAGCAGAGACUUUAACCAGCAGCGAGGCGUUGGCCGCAGGACAGCGCUGGAGGACACCUGUAGUCUGCCCACCAGGUCCAUACUGAAGAAACACAGCGAAAACGAAGACUCGCCAUCACUAAGGAGCACAGACUCGCCGAGAGGGGCGGCGGGGUCCACCAUUUCUACCGUGGCCGAGCAACUGCUGCAGGCUUGCAAAGGGAUGGAGCCGGCCGCCAUGGCGUCCAUGUUGGUGCAGCUACAGUCCGACCCGCUGAUCGCUCAGAGUGUGAAUAUCAAGGAGAUCGUCGACCUGCUGGAAGCCGGCAUGAGCGGAGGAGCGGAGAGCCCAGAAAAGACGGCGGCGGACAUGGACGACGAGGAGAAGUUCCUGUACGGGGAAUCUUUGGAGCCCAAAUAUUCGGCGCAGUCUCAGCCGGCCCAGAGCCACACGUUUGAUCUUUACAAGGACGUAACGAAGAAGGCACAGUACAGCGAUUAUCUGCCUCGCGCCGCCUCCCCCAUGUAUGGCACCCCGCCUGUGGCGUUGCCCCACCUCCAGGCCCCUCCUACCACCAGCGACGUGGACGCCAUCUGGCCUCCCUCCGUCCUCAAGCCCAACAGCGCCGCCCCGGUGUCGACUUCUGCCCCCGAGUCAGAAGAGGUGAGGCACAAGCAGGAUUCGGACGAGUACCAGAACAUCCAGGACUUGCUGAAAACCAUCGGCUUGGACCUCGACGUGACCGAAAUAACUAAAAUGGCCGCCAGGACCAAGGAGCGGCUGGAGGGAAACGAAUCCGCCCGCAAAAUGCCGACGAAGCGCAGACGCCGCUCGUCCAGCAGCUCGGAGGACAGCCGCAGGAGGCGGAGCCACAGUAGUAGUAGUAGCAGCAGUAACAGCAGCAGCAGCUCAGGCACCAGCGGCGACGCCGCCGCCAAAGAGUCGCAGCAGCAAGCAUCCAACACUACGACGGCACCGCCCGUGCUGCCCGUCCCCUCCUACCCACCACCCCAGGUGCACAUGAUGCCCGCCGCCUACCGGCCCGCCGCCUACCAGCCCACCGGCUACGGCCAGUACGGCAGCUUUGUGCCAUACACACAGCCGCAGUGGUCGCCCAUGUACCCGGCCCCCAACAAAAUCCACCCCUCCCUGCCGUACAACCAGCCGUACGACCAACAGUCACCUCCCGAGCGCAAGGUCAAAGUGUCUCCCGUCCUCGUCCAGGUGUCAGAGCAGGAAAACAAUGAGAGCGAGAAGCAGAAGGUACUGGAGGAGCGGGAGAACCUGAAACGGGAGCGGGACAUGCGGAUGAAAAAGAAGGAAUACCUCAUGAAAGAAUUGGAGGAGCUACGCAAGCAGCAAGGUGAGAUGCUGAGGAAGAAGAGGCGAGAGAAAGAUGGCCACAAAGACCCGCUGCUGCAGGAGAUCGGCCACCUGCAGGAGGACGUCAUCGAACAGAUCUCCAACCUCCGCAAGGAGCACGAGGCCGCAGAGAAGAAACUCUGCGAGAUCGACAAAGUGGCGCUCAUCCUGGGGCUGAGCUCUUCCGAUCGCCCCCACAGGCUGGCUGACACGCAGGAGGACGACGCCUCGCAACCCCGCGGCAAAAUUCAGGCGAUCGAGCACAGCUCUGGACACCAACAAGAUGGCAGCAUUUCUCAGAAGGAGAAAGUCACGGAACCCAAGGCGCCUGUCAUUUCACAGACUCCGCCCCCUGACCCUUUUGAGUACUACGACGCCGGCAACCACUGGUGUAAAAACUGUAACACCACCUGCGGGUCCAUGUUUGAUUUUUUUACCCACUUGCACAGCAAAACACACUGGAAGACGCUGGACCCUUACCACAGGCCUUGGGCUUCGUCGCCGUCCAAAGUCCUUCAGAGCAAACCACCAACAGAAGAGAAGCUAACAAAACCGGCCAAAGGUUCCGAGUUCCUACUUCCUGUCCGUGGAUUUUUUUGUCUGCUGUGUGAGAAGUUCUUUGGAGACGCCAUCUGUGCAGAAGAGCACACCACCACUCACUUUCACAACGACUGCUACAAGAAAAAAAUGUACGAGAAUCCGCUGUACGAGCAGAGAAGGAACCUGGACCGGCAAGCAGGGCUGGUCGCUGACGCCACUGCAAAGAAGCUGGAGAAGGACAAAAGCGGCAAAAAGAAAGCCAAGAAAGAAAAACGAAAUAAAGAGCGUGUAUUGAAAUUGGGAAAAGAGGAAGAGAAGGCAAAAGCUCUGAAGAAAGAGGAGGAGACUCGAGACAAGCACAGUCCUUGUCGCAGCAAGAAAUACGAGGAUGAAAAGUACGAGUCCAAGAAGAAGGACAAGUACUAUCCUGACAGAGAGGAAGACGUCAGGCUCAAGUACAGCAGGAGAGAUGAGAAGGAGCCAGGUGUCCGUUGUUAUCGACAUCACAGACAGGAAGAAGACAGGUACGACCGACGGCCCCGAUACAACCCGAGAGACGAGGACAAGCACAAAUUUGCCAAAUAUUCCGAAGGCUCUUCCAAACACGAGCGUGAACGAGAAGUCAGGAGCGUGGAGAAGGACACGUCAAACAAAAGCCCAGCCACACCAGAAGCAAACAAGCAACCGAAGCCUUACGAUCCGCCCAAAGUCAUGAGUGGACCGAGUCCGGCAAUGAGAGCUAAACUUCGCAAGCAAAGCUUGGAAGCCGCCAAGCACGCAGCAGUGACCCUGGCACCUACCUGUGGGGGGUUUACCUGGAAGAAAAAAGAGAGUUCGCUGGCUUUGGAUGCCAAGAAAGAGGCCGUCCAGUUCAUCAAGGAGGAGGAAGAAGCCUUGAAAAAAGCCAAAGCCACGAACAUAGCUGACGGUAUUUCCACUGACGAAACUUUUGCACAGUAUUUAGCCCGUGCCCAAGAGAUCGCUCAAAAGAUGUGUGGGGAUAGAAGGACCAUGCCUUGGGCGUCAAAUGCGGUCAAACAAUCUCAGAUCCAACCCAGCGUUCCUGACCCUGCCUCAGAAUUCAAUACAACAGUCAUGACAGGAAAAGCCGCACCGUUUGUAAAACCCCAGAGCUCAGGUCAUCCAACAGAGAUUAAACAUAUUUUCGCAGUUUCUAACACAAAGUCUGGUCCUCCUCCCCCUGUGUCUUAUCCUGACCCACUUGUUAAAUCUCUCCCACGGUUUCUGGUUCCUUGUGUCCCACUUGUGUCUAAAUCUGUGCAACGGUUUCCUUGUUCUACUGGCCCAGCAGUCCCCAGACCAGUUCUGACUGUGUCUCAGCCUGCCUCGUUAGUCCCCAGCCUCGCUCCCGCUGUGUCUCAGCCUGCCUCCUCAGUCUCCAGCCUAGCUCCGACUGUGUCUCAGCCUGCCUCUUCAGUCCCCAGCCUAGCUCCGACUCUGUCUCAGCCUGCCUCCUCAGUCCCCAGCCUAGCUCCGACUGUGUCUCAGCCUGCCUCCUCAGUCCCCAGACUAGCUCUGACUGUGUCUCAGCCUGCCUCCUCAGUCCUCAGCCUAGCUCCGACUGUGUCGCAGCCUGCCUCCUCAGUUUCCAAAGCAUCUCCACCCGCAUCUUUAUCAUUAAUUAGUCCUGAUCCGAAACUGUCUGGGCUUGAGCCAUUGGUGGCUGACCCAGUUCCCCAAGAAUCGAAACCUUACACGGCAGACACCGCUCCAUUUGAAACAUUAACAAACGAGCCAGAUGUGGCAGCUCCCGGUGUCCCCGAGAGUGAGCAGGCUCAGGCCGUGUUUGUCAAGCCCCCACCGUUCAUCAACUCAAGUGAAGGAUCUAAGAGGUCUGAGAAACCAAAAAGUAACCUGGCUGCAGCCAAAGCCCAGGACUUAUUUGGCAUCCUCUACAGCAGCAUAGACAAGCCAGGACCUUUGUCAUUUACAAAGUCGACAACAGCCAACGGGGGUGAAAAGAGAAGCACCCAGUCCAUUAGCAGUCCUUCUCCCAGCCAACAAGCCCCACAACCUUCUAACACACCUCAGCAUACACAAAAUGUUGUGCCACAUACCCCAGAACCAGAGUCCCAGUUGGAUAUUCACAUUGAAUCUGUUUGGUCUUUACAGACUGGCUUGGACUUAGCAUCUGAGAGGGUUCAGAGUUCGCAUGAUCAUGAACCUGCCAAGACAGAACCCACGUCACAAAGUCAGCAUGAGGAAAAAACAUUUUCCGAACCCAAAAUACACAAUAACCCAAUACAAGACCUUCUUGAAUCUGCUGAUAUAGCAGCACCCACAUCACAAAGUAAAGAACAGGAAAAAACAUUUUCCGAACCCAUAAUACACAAUAACCCAAUACAAGACCUUCUUGAAUCUGCUGAUAUAGCAGCACCCACAUCACAAAGUAAAGAACAGGAAAAAACAGUUUCUGAACCCAAAAUACAAAACGAUAUCCCAAUUCAAGACCUUCUAGAAACACCUCCAAUCACGGAUCAUGAAUCCACACCUUGUCCUAGCUCUGAAAAAAAAUCUACUUGGUCUUUACAGACUGGCUUGGACUUGGCAUCUGAGAGAAUUCAGAGUCUGCAUGAUCAUGAACCUGUUAAGACAGCACCCACGUCAGAAAAUCACCAUGAGGAAAAAACAGUUUCCGAACCCAGAAUACGUGAUACUCCAAUACAAGAUCUUCUAGAACCUGCUGAUAUAGCAGCACCCACGUCACAGAGUCCAGAACAGGAAAAAAAAGUUUCUGAACCCAAAAUACACAACAAUACCCCAAUUCAAGACCUUCCAGAACCUACUAGGAUAGCACCCAUGUCACAAAGUCAACAUGAGGAAAAAAAAGUUUCUGAAACCAAAAUACCAGACGAAACCCCAAUUCAAAACCUUCCCGACCCUGCUAAGAUAACACCUACAUCACAAAGUCAGGAACAGGAAAAAGCAGUUUCUGAAUCCAAAAUACACAAUGAUACCCCAAUUCAAGACCUUUUAGAAACACCUCCAGUCACUGAUCAUGAAUCCACACCUUGUCUUAGCUCUGAAAGAAAACCUGCUUGGUCUUUACAGACUGACUUGGACUUGGCAUCUGAGAGGGUUGAGAGUCCGCAUGAUCAUGAACCUGCUAAAACAUUACCCACGUCACAAAGUCAGCAUGAGGAAAAAAAUGUUUCCGAAUCCAGAAUACAUGAUACCCCAAUACAAGAUUUUCUAGAACCUGCUUAUAUAGCAGCACCCAUAUCACAAUGUCCAGAACAGGAAAAAACAGUUUCUGAACCUAAAAUACACAACGAUACCCCAAUUCAAGACCUUUCAGAACCUACUGUGAUAGCACCCAUGUCACAAAGUCAACAUGAGGAAAAAAAUGUUUCUGAAACCAAAAUACCCGACGAUACCCCAAUUCAAAACUUUUCCAAACCUGCUAAGAUAACACCUACAUCACAAAGUCAGGAAAAGGAAAAAACUGUUUCUGAAUCCAAAAUACACAACGAUACCCCAAUUCAAGACCUUCUAGAAACAGCUCCAGUAACGGAUCAUGAAUCCACACCUUGUCUUAGCUCUGACACAAAAACCGCUCAAAAGAGAAGUCCUCCCAUUCGCACCACCCCUGUACGACAAACACGAUCCAAAACCAGAUCCCAGACCAGGCAGCAGCAAUUUCAUGUCCAGUCAGAACCAGAACCAGCCUUAGGAUUUUCUGACUUAAACAUCGUGGAAUUCUGGGAUCACGACUCUGGGCCACAUCAAGGAUGCAAGGAGAUUCCCGAAGCGAUGGAAACAUCUGAAAAUGUUCCCAGUUGAUUUUUAAAUUAGACGGGGUGGGACUGAGAAUCCGGAAUGAUGAAUUCAGCCAAUGAAGUUUCCAGGAUCAUAGAUCCACAGGAUCAAACUUUUGUCUGCUGAGAAUAGUUGCUUUUGCAACGCUAUUACUUUUGAUCCCGGAUUCCAUUACAGUUAUUCCUCUGUUAUACAGGGAUUAGUUCGGUCCUGACAGAAACCCAUUCAGUGUAUUUUGUUUUAUUUAAAAAACAAACAUUUGUCUUUCCAAAGCUGUAAAGAAAGUAGAGGAAGACUCCAAGUCAGGAUGGUUCCCCGUCUAGUUCUGCUUCAUUUAAUCGUCGUAGCUUCUGCCUCACGCUCGCUCGGAAAUUUGCUCAGACUGCAUUUUUCUGCUGGUCUGACACGGGAUGCAUGCCCACUUAGUCCAGGACCUUGGCGUGUGCUCAAUCCGGGAAGGAGAUGAACUCCCUCAGUGUACAUAAUUCACAUCCGUUUGUCUAAAGUUGUUUUUUAUUAAAAGUUCCUUUGAGGAAAAACUG